AUGGCGGGCUCGCUGCGCCUCCACGCCUGCGUGCUGUGCGCGUGCGCCUUGGUGGGCCGCGGGUUGGAGGCGAGCAAGCGCGCCCGAGCCGAUCGCUUCGACAGCUUCGUCCGGAGGCACGGGCGCUCCUACGGGCCCGGGUCGGCGGAGUACCAGGCCCGACAGGCGCUGUUCGAGGCGCGCCUCGCGGGCGCCGAGCUGCACAACAGCCAGCCGGGGCGGCGGUGGACGCACGACGCGUGGAACGCCUUCGCCGACCGCACCGACGAGGAGCUCUCUGCGCUCCUCGGCUGGAGGGGCCCGGCGGCGCCGCCGGAGGCCGGCCUGUCGCUGCUGGCGCGCGGCCAGCGCCAGCGGCGGAAGGACUGCGAGCUGCCGGAGGAAUGGAGCUGGGGAGGCCUGAACUCCACCACCGCGUCCGGGACCAGGGCACCUGCGGGUCGUGCUCCGCUCUUGCCGUCGCCCUGGCGCUGGAGGUGCACCACGAGAUCUACCGCGGGCAGACGCGCACGUUCUCGCCGCAGGAGUUCAUCUCUUGCGUCCAGAACCCGGAGGCGUGCGGCGGCGAGGGGGGGUGCAAGGGAGGUUUCAUGGAGUUGCACAUGUCGUACGCCGCCAGGCACGGGUGCCACCAGGAGCACGAGUACGCGCACCGCAGCUGGAUUGCCGGAGACGCCGGGCAGUGCACGGCCCUCCCCAAGGUGGACAGCGGUUACGUGA